AUGCACACUCUUGCUGCUUUUCUCCUCUCCCUUCUUCUCGGGGGCCAGCUUGUCGCUUCCCUGCCGACCGUAGAGUCGCCGGCCGAAUUCUCCGUCGUGGCCGCUCGUAAUGAAAAGCACAAGCGCCACGGGCCGUCAGCUCUGGCCAAGGCCUACCGCAAGUACGGUAAAUCUCUUCCUAAUGAUCUAGCGGCCGCCGUGGAUCAGCUGGAGAAAAGGCAAAGCACCGGCUCCGUCACGACGACCCCCCAAAAGUACGAUAGCGAAUACCUAGCCGCUGUCCAGAUCGGCACGCCGCCUCAGACGCUGCAGCUGGAUUUUGAUACCGGCUCGAGCGAUCUCUGGGUGUUCAGCACCGAGUUGCCUGCUCGAGCCGUCAAGGGGCAGACCCUCUACAAUCCCGCCUCCAGCUCGACCGCCAGCCAGCUCAGGGGCGCGAGCUGGAGCAUCACGUACGGCGACCACAGCAGCUCGAGCGGGGACGUCUACGCCGAUGUCGUCUCCAUCGGAGGUCUCAAGGUCAAGAACCAGGCUGUCGAGGCGGCGAAAAAGAUAUCGGCCCAGUUCACCGCCGACGCCUCCUCCGGACUCCUCGGCCUCGCCUUCAGCUCCAUCAACACGGUCCGGCCCAAGAAGCAGCAGACGUUUUUCGACAACGCCCAGUCGAGCCUCAAGAAGCCUGUCUUCACAGCCAACCUCAAGCACCAAGCUGACGGAAAGUACAAUUUUGGCUCCAUAGAUAGCACGCAGUAUCAAGGCAAAAUCACGUACACGCCCGUCGACAAUAGCCAAGGUUUCUGGGCCUGGACUUCUUCGGGGUACGCUGUCGGCAAGGGGGCCGUCAAUGACCACCCGAUCACCGGCAUCGCCGACACCGGCACGAGCCUCCUUCUUCUACCGAGUGAGGUCGUCAGUGACUACUACGCCGAUGUUGAUGGCGCCGACUACGACGACUCCCAGGGUGGCUUCACCUUCCCGUGCGGAACAAGGCUGCCUGAUUUCACUUUUGGAGUCGAGACGUCCACCAUCACCGUUCCCGCCUCGUUCCUCAGCUAUGCUCCCACCGACGGAUCCGGAAAGACUUGCUUUGGUGCCAUGCAGAGCAGCGACGAAAUUGGCAUUUCCAUCUUUGGGGACGUCGCCCUUAAGGCCGCCUUUGUAGUCUUUGACGGCGGCAACAUGCAGCUUGGCUGGGCCAGCAAGUUGUAA